AUUCACCGCGCGAUUCCCGCCACUCCCCGCCUCUUUCCCGCCCGGAUGUCGUUUAAGCCUUGCCGGAUGUUGUUGUGACUCUGAGAGACACGUGAGGUACCGCUACGUCAUCGCCAGGCAGGAAACAUGGCGGCGGCGGGUGUUGCGAGCGGGAAGAUUGUAUAUGAACAGGAAGGGGUGUAUAUUCAUUCAUCUUGUGCAAAGACCAAUGACCAAGACAGCUUAAUUUCAGGAAUAUUACGUGUUUUAGAAAAGGAUGCUGAAGUAAUAGUGGACUGGAGACCAUUGGAUGAUGCACUGGAUUCUUCUAGUAUUCGCUAUGCUGGAAAGGACUCCAGUUCGGUUGUGGAAUGGACCCAGGCCCCAAGAGAAAGAGCUAAUCGAGGUGUGGAACAUCUGAACAGUUAUGAAGCUGAAUGGGAUAUGGUUAACACAGUGUCUUUUAAAAAGAAACCACAUACCAAUGGAGAUGCUCCAAGUCAUAGAAAUGAGAAAAGCAAAUGGUCAUUCCUGUUCAGUUUGACAGACCUGAAAUCAAUCAAGCAAAACAAAGAGGGUAUGGGCUGGUCCUAUUUGGUAUUCUGUCUAAAGGAUGACGUCGUUCUCCCUGCUCUGCACUUUCACCAAGGAGAUAGCAAACUACUGAUUGACUGUCUUGAAAAAUAUGUGGUAUUGUGUGAAUCUCCACAAGAUAAAAGAAUACUUCUUGUGAAUUGUCAAAAUAAGAGUCUUUCACAGUCUUUUGAAAAUCUUCUUGAUGAACCAGCAUAUGGUUUAAUACAAGCAAGACUGCUAGACAGAAGAAAGCUGUUGUGGGCCAUUCACCACUGGAAAAAAAUUAAAAAGGAUCCUUACACAGCAACUAUGGUAGGAUUUUCCAAAGUAACAAACUACAUUUUUGACAGUUUAAGAGGCAGUGAUCCUUCUACACAUCAACGACCACCUUCAGAAAUGGCAGAUUUUCUUAGUGAUGCCAUUCCAGGUCUAAAGAUAAAUCAACAAGAAGAACCAGGAUUUGAAGUCAUCACAAGAAUUGAUUUGGGAGAACGACCUGUUGUUCAAAGGAGAGAGCCAGUAUCACUGGAAGAAUGGACUAAGAACAUUGAUUCUGAAGGAAGAAUUUUAAAUGUAGAUAAUAUGAAGCAGAUGAUAUUUAGAGGGGGUCUUAGUCAUUCAUUGAGAAAACACGCAUGGAAAUUUCUGCUGGGUUACUUUCCUUGGGACAGUACUAAGGAGGAAAGAACUCAAUUACAAAAGCAAAAAACUGAUGAGUACUUCAGAAUGAAAUUGCAGUGGAAAUCUGUCAGUGAGGAACAAGAGAAGAGAAAUUCGAGAUUAAGAGAUUAUAGAAGUCUUAUUGAAAAAGAUGUUAACCGAACAGAUCGAACAAACAAAUUUUAUGAAGGCCAAGAUAAUCCAGGGCUGAUUUUGCUUCAUGACAUUUUGAUGACCUAUUGUAUGUAUGAUUUUGAUUUAGGAUAUGUGCAAGGAAUGAGUGACUUACUUUCCCCUCUUUUGUAUGUGAUGGAAAAUGAAGUGGAUGCCUUUUGGUGCUUUGCCUCUUACAUGGACCAAAUGCAUCAAAAUUUUGAAGAACAAAUGCAAGGCAUGAAGACCCAGUUAAUUCAGCUGAGUACCUUACUUCGAUUACUGGACAGUGGAUUUUGCAGUUACUUAGAAUCGCAGGACUCAGGAUACCUAUAUUUUUGCUUUAGAUGGCUUUUAAUCAGAUUUAAAAGGGAAUUUAGCUUUCUGGAUAUUCUUCGGCUAUGGGAGGUAAUGUGGACUGACCUGCCAUGUAAAAAUUUCCAUCUUCUUCUCUGUUGUGCUGUUCUUGAAUCAGAAAAGCAGCAAAUAAUGGAAAAACAUUAUGGCUUCAAUGAAAUACUUAAGCAUAUCAAUGAGUUGUCCAUGAAAAUUGAUGUGGAAGAUGUCCUGUGCAAGGCAGAAGCAAUUUCUCUACAGAUGGUAAAAUGCAAGGAAUUGCCACAAGCUGUUUGUGAGAUCCUGGGGCUUCAAGAGAGUGAAGUUACAACCCCCGAUUCCGACACUGGUGAAGAUGAAAGUGUUGGCAUGACUUGCCCUGCCACUGCAUUUCAAAGUAACAACUUGCCCACUCUUGCUGCCAGUGGAGCCAGAGAUGACAGCCCAACAGUGAUAGCAGUGUCCCCAAAUGUUAGCAGAUUAACACCUGCAUGAUCAUUUGUUUUGCUUUUUUUUUUUUUGAAAAGACAGUUUAUUGAAACAUUUUUUCAAGUACUUGAAAGGUGGACAUUUAAAAUCUUUGUAUUGAUCAUGCUUUAAGGUUGUUGGAAAGAAAAUGUACUGAUGUUCUUGCAUUAAAGCUUUACAAAGUUUUAAACUAAUUAUUUUUGUAGUUACUUCUACCAAAUAGCCUUUCCUUUUAAAUAACAUUCCUUAGUAUUUUUAUAGCCAAGUACAUUUUAUUUUCUUGCUGAUGAACUGGAAUUGGGUAAAUACUACAAGUGGAUGAGUUGGAAAUUAUGCACUUUGAAAAAAUUCACUUUGUUUACUGUUAAAUUUAGUGGUUUUUGGAUUUGAUUAAAUUAAAUGUCAAACUUUCAUAUAGGAUUCUAAGCUGAGAAGUAGGUUGUUACCUAGUGAUGAAAUUUUUAAAAAUGAGUUUGCUUUUUUUUCUAUUGUUUACAACAAAGUGCUCAGCUUAAAUAUUUAUGCAGAUUGAAUGUGAUUUAAAUUGGACAUUUUCAUCAGUGCAAUUUAAUGUGUAGAUAAAGAACUAUUUUGACCAUAAUAAGUGGAUUGGCAGUAUCUUUUUUUUACAUUGAACAUUUCUUCACUUGUAUAUAAAGACUAUAAGUAUUAUUUAUGAGUAUAAGAAAUAAUAGGCAUAUUUUCUUUAAAGAAACUUGACUAUUGAUUUAUAUAACCUGAUUCAAUGAAAUUAGUACAUGGCUUCAAUAUGAAAUUUUUUUCAAAACUAUUUUCUUAAGAUUUAUUUCAUGAGAAUGCAUUCAAACCUGUACCUGUUGUAAUUUUAAAAUUAAUUGCUUGUAACUUUACUAAUAAUGUUUAUUAUCUUUCCUAAUGCACUAACUGAUUAAUCAGGUCUUUAAAUUUUUAUAAAAAUACUCUUUGAAAAAAGCUUAUGUUAAAUAUUUCAAGAUAUUAUCGUGAGUCUUGAUACUUUUUUGUAUAUGAAUGAAGCUGGUGUUUUUACCAUGCAGUAUUGCAUGAUUUUAAGUUAUAUGGAAUUACCAUAACUGAUUCCAUUUUAAUUGUAAUUUGUUAACUCUGUACAUAUCAUUAAAGUAAAUUUGAAGUCGAA